GGCAUCCACACUGCCACAACCAGCUGACUUUGGCAUUUUAAAGUGCGUGUUUACCUCGCACGGACUCUGCUCUCCUGAGGAGCUGAAUUCCACCGGUCGGUGGCCUAAGUUUGGGAAACUCGGCCGAUAAAGUGUCGAAAAUGAAGGUGACCGUCAAGAACCUGCAGCAGGAGACGUUCCAAAUCGAAAUUGCGGCCACCAGCACGGUCAAGCAACUGAAGGAGAAAAUCGAAAAGGAAAAGGGUGCUCAUCAGUACAAUGCUACCAUGCAAAAACUGAUCUACUCAGGUAAAAUUUUGGAGGACCCGAGCUUGAUUAGUUCUCUGAACAUCGACGAAAAGAAAUUUAUCGUGUGCCUAGUGACAAAGCCUAAAGAGGCGCCUCUAGACGUAACUCCAUCUGACCCUAGGGAAAUAAGUACAGAGGAAGAGCAGCCCAGUGCCCCUGAAUCAAAUCCCAUAAGGGCUGAAGAAAGGACUGCACAAGCUGAAGGCGGAUCGGGUGCAGCAGCUGGAGACUCGGUUAUUUUGCCUCCGGACGAGUUUCAGGUGAUGGUGCGCAACAUAGUAGACAUGGGCUACCCUGAGAGUGAAGUCCGGGUAGCCCUUAGAGCCUCCUUCAACAACCCUGACAGGGCUGUUGAAUACCUCAUCUCGGGCAUACCCAACCUGAACCUGGACGACCCCGUCGAGGAAAGGGCAAUCGACGUGGGCGGACUAGAAAGGGAGCAACCUGAAGGCCGAGAGGACCCUCUGGCUUUCCUUCGCACGCAGCCGCAAUUCCAGCAAAUGCGUCAGGUUGUGCAGCAGGAUCCGCAGCUGCUGAACGCAGUUUUGCAGCAGAUAGGACAGAAUAACCCUGCCCUGCUGCAGAUGAUCACUGAAAACCAGGAGGCCUUUGUCCGCAUGAUGAAUGAGCCAGCAGCAGGAGAUGCAACGCCGAGACACGCCACGGCAGCGGCGGCAGCUUUGGCCGAGGACGAUGGUGAAGGUGUCCCAACACAAACAAUUCAAAUUUCCCCACAGGAUAAACUGGCCAUUGACAGGCUAAAGGAUCUGGGAUUUCCUGAGCAUUUGGUGGUGCAAGCCUACUUUGCCUGUGAGAAAAAUGAAAACUUGGCAGCUAAUUUCCUGCUAUCCCAGAACCCAGAUGAUUGAAUCUCUGAUCGGGCACUGUUUAUUGUUUGUUCACAAUCCCUGCAUUAACUUGUUAGUUGUUUUGACAAAAGACAACGCCACUGUACAUACUGAAGCGUAAUCAAUGAAACGAAUUAACACUAACGUCUGUUAUCAGUAGAAUCAAAUGCAGCUACCUUAGAGUUAGUUAGCUGUUUUUUUCCAUAUAUCCUCAGAAAAAAAUGUGACAAACUCUACUAAUUGAAACUCAUUUUAAGGCUGACGUCAGUUGCCAAAACUAGUAGAGCUGGACUUUUCUGUACAAAUAUGUAAAAAUAAACAGCUCACUUCAUACUGAGGAAGCUGCAUUUAAUUAUUCUUGACAAUUCUGACAACCUUGUGUGCUUCUGCCUUCAUUGGCAUCUAUCAAGAAACAAAUGUCUGUAUCAGUUUAAUUAACAUUCAAAUGAUUGUACCCACAAUAAGUUUUGUGCUUUUGCUUGUAACUUUGGUCAGAAUUUUUGACUGACGUUACACAAACUUUUAAUACUCUAGGGUACCUCAAGAUUCACCAAAAUUCAGUGCACGCUAUCCCAUUUUCUAUUUGAAAAUUGCUUAGUAUUUGCUGAUUGUAAUGCUAAUUUAUUUUUAAAUUGAAGAUCUUAGUAACCACCUAAAAUGAUGAGUUUCCAAAAUCUGAGAUCAAAAAUGUAAAAAUAAAACUGAAGAAUUGAAAAAUAGUUAA